AUGUUCAGGAACAUGAGAUCUGAUAAACCCAUGGGUAGCCCGACCUUGUUUUGGGGUCUGAUGCUGUCUGUCUCCACCAUCUGCAUAUGGUCCACAUAUGGAGAGGUCUGUGGUCCAAGUAUCGACAUCCGAAAUGAGAUCAGCGAGUUCAAGCGGCUGGAGAACUGCACGGUGGUCGAGGGCUACCUGCAGAUCCUCCUCAUCAAUGACAAGACCAACAACAUCCACCAGGAGGUCUUCCGCUCCCUCAGCUUCCCGAAACUGACAGUUGUCACUGACUACCUGCUGCUCUUUCGUGUCUCGGGCCUGGACAGCCUUAGCGUGCUCUUCCCCAACCUGAGUGUUAUCCGCGGGCGCAAUCUCUUCUACAACUAUGCCCUGGUGAUCUACGAGAUGACCAGCCUAAAGGAUAUCGGCCUGUACAACCUGAGGAACAUCACCAGGGGAGCCAUCCGGAUUGAAAAGAACCCUGAGCUCUGCUACCUGGACUCAGUGGACUGGUCUCUUAUUAUGGAUGCUGAGUUCAACAGCAACAUUAUCAAUGGGAAUAAGAAGGCCAAGGAGUGUGACAAUGUCUGCCCGGGCAUCAUGGAGGAUGAUACCCCUUUGUGUCGACAGACAACGUUCGGUAACAAACAAGAGUACCGCUGCUGGACCUCCAACCAGUGUCAGAAAGUAUGUCCAGACCACUGCAAGCAUGCCUGUACAGACAAGGGGGAGUGUUGCCACAGCCAAUGCCUGGGCAGCUGCACUGAACCCAACAACGACAUGGCCUGCUCUGCCUGCCUCCACUACAACCACAACGAUCGCUGUGUCCCAGACUGUCCCACAGGCACUUAUAAGUUUGAGGGCUGGCGCUGCAUCACCUUGGACACGUGCUCCCAAGUGCACCUGACAGGCGACCCCCACUUUGUCAUCCACAGGGGAGAAUGUAUGCCCGACUGCCCCUCCGGUUUCACACGCAAUGAGACUAAUCGUAUGUUAUGCAAUGCCUGCAAUGGCCUAUGCGAUAAGGUCUGCUCAUCCCCUGUCAUCGACUCUGUGAAUGCUGCUCAGUCCCUGAAGGACUGCACUGUCAUCUCAGGCAAUCUGGACAUCAACAUCCGCCAUGGAAAUAACAUAGCGUCUGAGCUGGAGAGCUUCAUGGGAUUGAUCCAGACAGUGACGGGCUAUGUGAGGAUUCGACACUCCCACGCACUUGGCACGCUGUCCUUCCUCAAGAGCCUGCGUUACAUCAAUGGGGAGGAGCUCAUGGACAAAAUAUACUCAUUCUCCGCCAUCAACAACCAACACUUGCAGUACCUGUGGGACUGGAGUCAGCACAAUCUGACUAUUCGGACUGGACGUCUGUUCUUUAGUCUGAACCCCAAACUCUGCAUGUCUGAGAUCCAUGAGAUGUGGAAAAAGACAAACAUAACGGUGAAGCCACAGGAGGGUGAUUUCCGCAACAAUGGUGAAAGAGCCAGUUGUGAAAGCCAUAUAUUGAGGUUCUUGUCUAACAGCACAACAAGCUAUACAAUCAAGCUGACAUGGGAGCGCUUCCUGCCACAGGGCUACAAUGACCUUAUCAGCUUCGUAGUCUACUACAAGGAGGCACCUUUCCAGAACAUCACAGAAUUUGAUGGCCAGGAUGGCUGUGGCUCAAACAGCUGGCACAUGGUAGAUGUGGAUCAACCUCAGGAUAAAAACACAGACCCCAAAGUCAGUCUUCAACACCUCAAACCAUGGACCCAGUAUGCCAUUUUUGUGAAGGCAACUACGUUGCAGGUGGGGGACAAACACAUUACUGGUGCCAAAAGUGAUAUAAUCUACAUUCGGACACGUCCAUCGCUGCCGACUAUGCCCAAAGACCCCCGUGCCUACGCAAACUCCUCAACCAAGCUGGUGGUGAAGUGGUCACCUCCAGUCUAUCCCAACGGUAAUCUGACCUACUAUCUGGUCCGCUGGCAGCAGCAGCCUGAGGACAGGGAGCUCUACCAACAUGACUACUGCUCCAAAGAGCUGGGGGUCCCAAUCCGGAUCUCAGCGUCAGGAUUCUCAGAAAUGGAAGAGAACACCAAGCCCACCAAGUCAGACCUGUCAGGGGCAGAUAAAGGCCCAUGCUGUGUUUGCCCGAAGACCCCCGAGGAGAAGGACCGGGAGAAGGAUGACCGUGUCUUUCUGAAAGUUUUUGAGAACUUCCUUCACAAUGCCAUCUUUCUGCCGAGACCUCCAGAUCGUCGACGUAGAGACCUUUUUGGUGUGGCUAACAACACUCUGAUGCACGACGGUAGAGGGAACACCACCCUUGGCCCAGGGGACAACAGUACAGAUGGCAUACCUCCUAUCAGGGAGUUCCCCUUUGCAGAGGAAAAGAGCACAGCAGAAAGCUUAGAGAUCCCCAACCUGCGGCCCUUCACUGUCUACCGUAUUGACAUCCAUGCCUGCAAUGAGGAGGUGGGGCGCUGUAGUGCUGGAAGCUUCGUCUUCUCCAGGACCAAACCAGCAAGUAAAGCAGAUGACAUUCCUGGAAAAGUGGUCUAUGAGAAGAAUGAGGAGGUUGAGGGUUCUGUGGUGCUGCACUGGCCAGAGCCCGCCAAGCCCAACGGACUCGUCCUGAUGUAUGAGAUCAAGUUCCGUCUGGGGACUGAGCCUGAAAAACCUGAGUGUGUGUCGCGUCAGCAGUACCGUGAGCACAGAGGGGCUCGGUUGACCAACCUGGGCUCAGGGAACUACUCUGCCCGAGUGCGCGCCAAAUCUCUAGCAGGGAACGGCUCCUGGACGGAGAGCGUGUCAUUCUAUGUACCUCCACCUAAAGAAAAAGAUGGUGUUACGUUCUACUUGGUCAUCAUAAUUCCCAUCUUAGCAACACUUUUCAUUGCCAUCCUUACCACGACUCUCUUCUUUGUCAACAAAAAGAGGAAUAGUGACAGAUUGGGGAAUGGAGUCCUAUAUGCUUCAGUCAACCCAGAGUACUUCAGUGCUGCUGAGAUGUAUGUCCCAGAUGAGUGGGAGGUACCAAGGGAGAAGAUCAACAUGCACAAGGAACUGGGUCAGGGCUCCUUCGGCAUGGUGUAUGAAGGCAUCGCCAAGGGAGUCGUCAAGGAUGAACCAGACACGCGAGUGGCCAUUAAGACAGUCAACGAGUCAGCCAGCAUGAGGGAGCGCAUUGAGUUUCUGAACGAGGCCUCUGUCAUGAAGGAGUUCAACUGUCACCAUGUGGUGAGGCUGCUGGGCGUGGUCUCUCAGGGACAGCCAACCUUGGUGAUUAUGGAGCUGAUGACUCGUGGAGAUCUGAAGAGCCACCUGCGCUCUCUUCGCAAAGAAAAUUCCACCACCCAGGUCCUACCCCCACUCAAAAAGAUGACCCAGAUGGCAGGGGAAAUCGCAGAUGGCAUGGCGUACCUAAAUGCCAACAAAUUUGUCCACAGAGACCUGGCUGCCAGGAACUGCAUGGUAGCAGAGGACUUCACUGUGAAGAUCGGAGAUUUUGGCAUGACCAGAGAUAUUUAUGAGACAGAUUACUACCGAAAAGGAGGGAAGGGCCUGCUGCCUGUCCGUUGGAUGUCUCCAGAGUCGCUGAAAGAUGGCGUGUUCACUACAAUGUCUGAUGUCUGGUCAUUUGGUGUUGUGCUGUGGGAGAUCGCCACAUUAGCAGAACAGCCCUAUCAGGGCAUGUCCAACGAACAAGUGCUGCGCUUUGUCAUGGAGGGAGGGCUCCUGGACAAACCUGACAACUGCCCUGACAUGCUAUUUGAGCUAAUGAGGAUGUGCUGGCAGUACAACCCCAAGAUGCGUCCGUCCUUCCUGGAGAUCAUCAGCAGCAUCAACGAUGAACUGGAUCCUCCCUUCAGGGAAUUGAGCUUCUUCCACAGUGAGGACAACAAGCCGCCGGACACUGAGGAGCUGGACAUGGAGGUAGAAAACAUGGAGAACAUUCCAUUGGACCCUGCAUCCACCAGGCAGCCCUCUGCUGCCGUUGCCCCCUCGUUGGGGUGUGCAGGAGGCACACCGCCUCCUACACAGCAGUUAUCACCCAUGCAAGGCCCUAGUACUCCAUUGCUGGGACCUGUGUCUCCCUCUUCCCCGGGCCCGGUGGCCUCAUCCUUGGCAUCUCCAGGCCAAGCCUUGGACAAGCACUCAGGACAUGUGUCGGCCAACGGGCCUGUGGUGGUGCUGCAGCCCAACUUUGAUGACAUGCAACCCUAUGCACACAUGAACGGGGGCAGAAAGAACGAACGGGCGUUACCACUGCCCCAGUCGUCGGCCUGCUGAUAUCAGCCCCCUGUGGCCAGACCAGCCCUUCCUCCUCUUACACAGGGUAACACAAACUUCUCCUCCAUCUCUUAAGGAGGGAUGGGUGAGGUAAGAACUGACAUUCUUCUACUGUGUGCCAGUAGAUGGUCUCUCCACUCCUUUAAGGUCAAACAUAAAACUCUAAAAACUAAAGAAUAGCACAGAAACCUGCUAAAGCAUUUGGAGUUUGAUGGCUCAGACUCGACACUGGGGAACUCCUUCCUGUGCAGCCUGUAUUGUGGUCUUUGUUACAUAAGUCCUUCAAGAAGCAGAUCAAUACAGGCAUUUAUCCUGACUUACAGAUUUAGGAAGACAUGAACUUUUUUUUUUAGCAUAUCUGCCAGCAAAUCCAACAGAAGAGCACUUUUUUUCCUGAAGAUUUCAGAGAGGAUGUUGUGGAUAUCCAAGUGUGUAUUUAUACAAACACAUGAUUCUCUAUAAUAUGGUAUAGCUCCAUUUCUAAAAAUGACUUUCCAUCAAAAGACACUCUCUCCAUGAGCAGGCUGGCUCAUGUAAUAUGAGGAUUUCUCAAUUAAACAUUUUGGACUGAUAUUGUUUUGUUGAUAUUUCUGUGGUUGUAGAUCCUGUCAGGAGUGUGUCAAAAUGGAAGAGGAGGGCCUAUUGUGUAUCUGCCAAACUAUUGCCAAAUCAAGCGUUUUCCUCCAAUUUCAUACAGGUCUGCCCUUCUUGUUUAGGCUGUGGUUCAGAGUUGGAGUAGAAGUCUGGUUAACUGCAUCCUGGAGCAGUUGUGUGUGUGUGUUGUAGAGUCAUAACAGGACAGACUACAGUGUUUCUGUUGAGAUGUGCUGCAUUCACACUUGCAGUCAAAUUUCUCUCAGAAUAUGCUGGAUCUGCACUGGAGGUCGAAUACAUCUAGCAAGCCGUGUGAAACGAGAAAUACAUACUUACAUUUCCAUCAGGUGUAUUACAUACAUGUUAGAAACAUCAAAGUAGGCAGAUUUGAAACGCAAGCAAACACCUGACACAAUAUCAGAAUGACUUGAUGUGAGGAGGAUUUCU